UGCAACGAGCGCUUCUCCUCUAUCCGUGAUGAUGGGACGGGAUGCCUACCAUCGACGUCUUUCCUCCUGUCGCACUCGGCUGUCUUAGCAGCUCUAAUUGAAUCAGACAGGUUCAAGAGACUCUGAGCGCCGAGCGACAAUGGGUUUGGAGUUUGUUGACACUAGCCAUGACAAAAUCAGCUGCGAUGUGCAGCUACUUGACGGCAGAGGCGUCGAAAACCUAGUUGAGGAUAUUGACGCCCAAGCAAGCCACCAUGACAAUAACCUGGAAGCCAAUAUUGAGCGGACUAAGUGGAAGCCGGACGUCAAGGAGUGGUUGAUGAUCAUCUCGGCCUGUUUGCUUGUCACGAUGGAUGCCUUGAACGUGACUGUCGUUAUACCUCUGAUACCAAGUCUAUCGAGUACGCUGGAGCGAGCGCUGGGCGGGAUCCUGUGGUUUGAGACCUCGUAUCUCAUGGCCAGCGCCACGGGCCAAGCUCUCUUCGCCAUGCUCACUGAUCUUAUCGGUGCCGGCCCUGUUGUCCUUGUCGCUGUGGUGUUCGCAACGGCCGGGACGGGCGUCUGCAGCGGCUCAAUGAAUCUAGCCAGCCUCAUCGCCGGCCGUUUUGUGCAGGGAAUCGGAGGAGGAGCGGUUACGGCGUACUCGCUUCUGGUCAUGGCCGACAUCAUCCCUGACAUGUACCUUGCCCACUACUCCGGAUAUCUCUUCCAGGCUCGUGUUGUGGGGACCAUGCUUGGCAUGGUCCUCGGAGGACUGUUCAGCGACUAUACCUCUAGGAUCUGGGCUUUCUACGCUAGCUUCGCUUUCUGCGCAUUUGGGCUGCUCAUCAUCCCGUUUGCCGUCGACCUGCGUGGCCGUCGCAGCAUUUCCAUGCGCAAGUUACGCAGCAUGGGCUGGCUGAGUGUGGUACUCAGCCUGUUGGGAAUGAGCAGCCUGCUUAUCGGCCUGAGCUGGGGCGGAACUUUUUUCCCCUGGUCCAGCUGGCACGUCCUCGUGCCUCUGUGCGUUGGAGCUGGCGUGCUUCUCCUUGUUGUUGUCUACGAAAGCCUCUGGGCGACUCGGUCGGUGUUCGUAGCAGCUGACCUUCGGUGCCUUCCUCGGGCCAUGAUGUACCUCAGCAGCUUUCUGCAUGGGUUCUCGCUCCUCUCUCAUCUGCUCAAUCUGUCGAUGUACCUUAUGUUGAUUCAGCACCUCACACCGACUCUAUCCGGCCUCAGCCUCCUCACAUUGACCGCGCCUUCCUUCCCGGCGCUCCUUUUGAUCUCCAAAUGGUCCUUCUUACAACGUCCGCGCACGCUGCGCUGGAUCAUCCGCGCCGGCUGGGCCAUCGGGUUUGUGGCGUCGUGCGCCUCUAUCACGCUUGAUAUGCACACCCCACCUCAAGCCUGGGUUUUCAUCUUCCUCGCCACGGGGAUCAGUCACGCCCUACUCGUGUCUGGACACCAUCGUUGCCUUCAGCACCGGCCACCACUCUAUAAUCCCUCCGGACGCUGGAAAUGCGACAGCGAGCGUACUAACAGUGCGGAGGAAACCCAGAGCGAGGUGUCCAAGGCCGGCAUGCUGCUGUACUCCAUUGUACGGACGUGGGGCAUGUGUAUCGCUGUGCCGGCGAGUGGGGCGAUCGUUUUGGGUCAGGUGGUGCGGGAGAUGGGGGAUCAAAGGGGGGUGGAUCUGUUGGGGCUUGGUGGGAACGGGACGGAUAGAGAUGGGUCGUCAAUGAUGAUGACGUUGCUGCUGCUGAUGAUGGGAAGUGGUGGGGAGGGUGAGGGUGGAGGGGAGAUGGAGGCGCUGCGGGAGAUGUACAUGGAUGGGCUGCAGGCGCUGUGGCGGGUUAUGAUGGGGGUGAUGGCUCUGGGCGGAUUGUGUAGCUGUUUUGCCAGCUAG